GCAGUCCCCCGUCGCGCGGGGCGACGAGGCCGGCGCCAAAGUGAGCGCGGCAUGGAGGGGCCUGCCUAACUGGGGCCCGUGGCCCUGCGUCUUCUGGCUGCGACGCGGGUCCUGCGCACGCGGCGGGGCCGCAGCCGCUGGGCGGCGGGCGCCCGAGGGGCCGGGAGGCGAGCCGGGGCCCCCAGGCGGGUGUGGGCACCGUGUCCACAGCCAGCGUCCCCGAGGCCGCGCUCGGGCCAUGAUGACCGGUGAAGCUGCGCUGCGACAGCGUGGCCGACUUCUUCCCUGUGUCCAGUAGUGGUCUGGAGGGUUAUUUGUCAAGGUGUAAAGAACUCUACCACUCUUAAGACAGUAAACUUCUCGGGGUGUAAUCUGACAUGGCAGGGAGCAGAUCACAUGGCCAAGAUCUUAAAGUGUUGAAGACGUACAUGGAAAAUACUCAUCAGAAAAAAGUGAUUUUCAGUAAGCGGAAGAGCCUUCCAUGUAUUGCACCACUUUUAACCACGGUGGAGGAGACUCCGCAGAUCAUCUCUGCUCGAGUCCGGGGACAUUUUCCUAAGUGGCUCAAUGGCUGUCUGCUUCGAAUUGGACCUGGGAAGUUCGAGUAUGGGAAGGAUAAGUACAAUCACUGGUUUGAUGGAAUGGCUUUACUUCACCAGUUCAAGGUGGAGAAGGGCACAGUGACAUACAGGAGCAAGUUUCUACAGAGUGAUACAUAUAAGGCCAACAGUGUUCAUGAUCGAAUUGUGAUCUCAGAAUUUGGCACAUUGGCUCUCCCUGAUCCAUGCAAGAAUGUUUUUGAACGUUUCAUGUCAAAAUUUGAACUGCCUGCAAUUACUGACAACACCAAUGUCAACUAUGUGCAGUACAAGGGUGAUUACUACAUUAGUACGGAAACCAACUUCAUGAAUAAAGUGGACAUUGAAACCCUGGAAAAAACAGAAAAGGUAGACUGGAGCAAAUUUAUUGCUGUGAAUGGAGCAACUGCACAUCCUCAUUAUGACAAAGAUGGAACAGCAUACAACAUGGGGAACUCCUAUGGGCAACAUGGCUCUUGCUAUAAUGUUAUUCGCGUUCCUCCGGAGAAAGUAGACCUUGGGGAGACAAUCCAUGGAGCCCAGGUGAUAUGUUCUAUUGCUUCUGCAGAGAGGAUGAAACCUUCUUACUACCACAGCUUUGGAAUGACAAGGAACUACAUUGUCUUCAUUGAACAGCCUCUAAAGAUGAAUCUGUGGAAAAUCAUCACUUCUAAAAUUCGGGGAAAGGCCUUUUCAGAUGGAAUAAGCUGGGAACCCCAGUAUAAUACACGGUUUCAUGUGGUGGAUAAGCACACUGGUCAGCUUCUUCCAGGGAUGUACUACAGUAAACCUUUUGUUACUUUUCACCAAAUCAAUGCCUUUGAGGACCAGGGCUGUGUCAUAAUUGAUUUGUGCUGUCAGGAUGAUGGAAGAAGCCUAGAAGUUUACCAACUACAGAAUCUUAGGAAAACUGGGAAAGAGCUUGAUCAGGUCUAUAAUUCAGUAGCCAGAUCUUUUCCUCGAAGGUUUGUUUUGCCCUUACAUGUCAGUUUGAAUGCCCCUGAGGGAGGGAACCUCAGCCCGUUGUCCUAUUCUUCAGCCAGUGCUGUGAAACAGGCUGAUGGAAAGAUUUGGUGUUCUUAUGAAAAUCUAUAUCCUGAGGACCUAGAAGAGGAAGGAGGUGUUGAAUUUCCCCAGAUCAACUAUGGCCAAUUCAGUGGCAAAAAGUAUCAGUUCUUCUAUGGCUGUGGCUUUCGGCAUUUGGUGGGCGAUUCUCUGAUCAAGGUUGACGUGGUGAACAAGACACUGACGGUUUGGAGAGAAGAUGGCUUUUAUCCCUCAGAACCUGUUUUUGUUCCAGUACCAGGAACCAAUGAAGAAGACGGUGGGGUUAUUCUUUCUGUGGUGAUCACUCCCAACCAGAAUGAAAGAAACUUCCUCCUAGUCUUGGAUGCCAAGAACUUUGAAGAACUGGGCCGAGCAGAGGUGCCUGUGCAAAUGCCUUACGGGUUCCAUGGCACCUUCGUGACCAUCUGAUGGAACAUCCACAAGCCUGCCUGUUGCUACUGGUCCUAAGGUACUCACAGAGGAUGUCAUGCUUGGAGGCUCCUAAACUGGCUAUUUCUCUGCUGUCCAGAGCAGAUGCCACUGCAGUUGAACCACCCAGUACCACUUCCUACCCUGCCCCCAGCUCAGCCUUGGGAGGCUGUUGUUUUGAGGGAUGUUGUUAAAAUCAGGCAUUUUCCCCCUAAUCUCCAGGUGUCUAGUUCUUCAGAGAACGAUGAAAAGUUGGUAGUUCUUACCAUAUGACCCAGCAAUCCCACUACUGGGCAUAUCCCCUGAGAAAACCAUAAUUCAAAAAGAGUCAUGUACCAAAAUGUUCAUUGCAGCUCUAUUUACAAUAGCCAGGACAUGGAAGCAACCUAAAUGCCCAUCAACAGAUGAAUGGAUAAAGAAGAUGUGGCACAUAUAUACAAUGGAAUAUUACUCAGCCAUAAAAAGAAACGAAAUUGAGUUAUUUGUAGUGAGGUCGAUGGACCUAGAGUCUGUCAUACAGAGUGAAGUAAGUCAGAAAGAGAAAAACAAAUACUGUAUGCUAACACAUAUAUAUGGAAUCUAAGAAAAAAAAAAAAGGUCAUGAAGAACCUAGGGGCAAGACGGGAAUAAAGACACAGACCUACUAGAGAGUGGACUUGAGGAUAUGGGGAGGGGGAAGGGUAAGCUGUGACAAAGUGAGAGAGUGGCAUGGACAUAUAUACACUACCAAAUGUAAAAUAGAUAGCUAGUGGGAAGCAGCCGCAUAGCACA